AUGGCAGAUCCAGUCCCUGGAACCUCUGUGUUGGGUUACAUGGAAAGGGCGGUGAAAGCUGCAGAUGGAGUUAAGAGUUUGCCCAGAGACUCUGAGGAAGAAAGCAGUCACCUCAGGCCUCUCCAUCCUAGAGGAGGCAGAAGGACAAACGUCUCCUGCUGGAACAAGGAAGUCAUAAGUCAUGUGAAUGGAGCCCUGUGGGAUAAAGAAGUGACAGGAGAGCUUGCUGUCACUCUCUGCUCCCCACUGUGUGAGGAUACAACAGGAAGACAGCCAUCUGGUGAGGAAGAGAGGGCCCUCGCCAGAUGCCCAACCUGCCGACACCUUGAUCUUGGACUUCCCAGCCUCCAGGACGGUGCUCACUCUCUUUGCUUCAGCUUCACUAUAAAAUCAUGGUCCAGACCUGGACAGCCCUGGUGUGAAGCGCAGGUCUUCAUGAAUAAAAAUCUUUUCCUUCAGUAUGACAGUGACAGCAACAUGGUCAAGCCUCUGGGCUUCCUGGGGAAGAAGGUAAAUGCCACCAGCACAUGGGGAGAAUUGACCCAAACGCUGGGAGAAGUGGGCCGAGACCUCAGGAUGCUCCUUCUUGACAUCAAACCCCAGAUAAAGACCAGUGGUCCUUCCACUCUGCAGGUCGAGAUGUUUUGUCAACGUAAAGCAGAACGAUGCACUGGUGCGUCCUGGCAGUUAGCCAUCAACGGAGAGAAAUCCCUCAUCUUAGACGCGAUGAAAAUGACCUGGACGGUAAUUAAUCAUGAAGCCAGUAAGAUCAAGGAGACAUGGAAGAAAGACAGCGGGCUGGAAAAAUAUUUCAGGAAGCUCUCAGUGGGAGACUGCAAUCACUGGCUCAGGGAAUUCUCAGAGCACUGGGAGGCGAUGCCAGAACCGACAGUGUCACCAGUAAAUGCUUCAGAUAUCCACGGGUCUUAUUCUAGCCUACCAGAUACAUGGAUCAUCCUGGGGGCAUUCAUCUUGUUAGUUUUAAUGGGAAUUUUUCUCAUCAUCUAUAUCAGGUGGCAAAAAAGACGGAAGAUCCACCUGGAGGUGAUACCACGGCGGCGGCGCGGAGUUGUUCACCUGUGGUCCUCGAUCGCUGACAGCCUUGGCUCCCACUGCUCUGUGUUCCCUGAGUCAAGUGAAGUUACAAACCCCCUUCCAAGACUAGAUGGUGCUGACUAGACAUGGCUUACUCCUUUGUUUAACCAAUUUAAUGCGUGACCUUUAAAUUACAUUUAAUGCGUUGCACCAUCUCUCGGCCUCGGUGUUCCAUCGUGACUUACAGAGAGAAGUAGGCUACCCCUCACUGAAUGGCUGACAAGAUGAAGUGAGAGUUAUAAAGUGUCUGGUGCUAGAAGAGGCUCCAUAAAUUGUUCCUCUCAUGGGCUUGAUGAAGGAAAUGUGAAGCAAAGGGUUUUAGUCCUUCAUGAUUAUCUUCAUAACCUCUGAAGUUAUUAAGAUAAUCUGUGCAAUAAAGG